AUGUCUCGCCCAAUCGUCAUCUCUGGUCCAAGUGGUACCGGUAAAUCCACUCUUUUGAAAAAAUUAUUUGCUGAAUAUCCAGAUGUCUUUGGAUUCUCUGUAUCUUCCACUACAAGAAAGCCAAGAGAAGGCGAGGUUCAAGGUAAAGAUUAUAAUUUCACCACUGUUGAAGAUUUCCAACAAAUGAUUAACGAUUCUAAAUUCAUUGAAUGGGCUCAAUUCUCUGGUAACUAUUACGGUACUUCAAUAGAGUCUGUUAAAAAUGUUAUUAAUUCUGGCAAAACCUGUAUCUUAGAUAUUGAUAUGCAAGGUGUCAAGUCUGUCAAAAACACUGAUUUAAAUGCAAGAUUUCUUUUUAUUGCACCACCAUCUAUUGAAGAUUUAAGAAAAAGAUUAGAAGGCAGAGGUACUGAAACACCUGAAUCCUUAGAAAGAAGAUUAGGUGCUGCUUACGCUGAAAUGGAGUAUGCCGAUUCUGGCGCUCAUGAUUUAGUCAUUGUUAAUGAUGAUUUAGAAAAGGCUUACGAAGAAAUGAAGAAAUUCAUAUUCGAGUAA